UCCAGCGUCUGUCUCCUCGGCCUCUGAGCUCGUCGGGACCCUGCUCUCGGCUAGGUCGGAAGCAUGAGCAGCAGCAACUUGAGUGCGAACGAUGAGUUUGAUGAGCAGUUGCGGAUGCAAGAAUUGUAUGGAGACCCCAAGGACGGCAACCCUAAGGAAGAUCCGGGGGCAGAAGCCGAGUCUUUGGGGCAACAACCUGAUGACACCCCCUAUGAGUGGGAUCUGGACAAGAAGGCAUGGUUUCCUAAGAUAACUGAAGAUUUCAUUGCUACGUAUCAGGCCAAUUAUGGCUUCUCUAAUGAUGGAGCGUCCAGCUCUACUGCAAAUGUACAAGAUGGCAGUGCUGGUAGCACAGUAGAACCUCCUCAGAGAAAACUGCCCGAGCCCACUGAGCCCAAAAAGAAGGGAGAAAAGAGAAAAGCGGAAUCAGGAUGGUUUCAUGUUGAAGAAGACAGAAACACCAAUGUGUAUGUGUCUGGCUUGCCUCCGGAUAUUACAGUAGAUGAAUUUAUACAACUCAUGUCCAAGUUUGGCAUUAUUAUGAGAGAUCCGCAAACAGAAGAAUUUAAGGUCAAGCUUUACAAAGAUAAUCAAGGAAAUCUGAAAGGAGACGGGCUUUGCUGUUAUUUGAAGAGAGAAUCUGUGGAUCUUGCAUUAAAACUCUUGGAUGAAGAUGAAAUUAGAGGCUACAAAUUACAUGUCGAGGUGGCACAGUUUCAACUGAAAGGGGAAUAUGAUGCCUCAAAGAAGAAGAAGAAGUGCAAAGACUACAAGAAGAAGCUGUCUAUGCAACAGAAGCAAUUGGAUUGGAGACCUGAGAGGAAAGCUGGCCCAUCAAGAAUGCGCCACGAGAGAGUCGUCAUCCUCAAAAACAUGUUUCAUCCUGAAGAUUUUGAGGAUGAUCCAUUGGUGUUAAAUGAAAUCAGAGACGACCUUCGAGUAGAGUGUUCAAAGUUUGGCCAAAUUAAGAGGAUCAUUCUCUUUGAUAGACAUCCAGAUGGGGUGGCCUCUGUGUCCUUCAGGGAUCCAGAGGAAGCAGAUUGUUGCAUUCAGACCCUCGACGGGAGGUGGUUUGGUGGCCGUCAAAUCACUGCUGAAGCAUGGGAUGGCACAACAGAUUAUCAGGUGGAGGAGACCACAAGAGAGAGAGAAGAAAGGCUGAGAGGAUGGGAGGCUUUCCUCAAUGCACCUGAAGGCAGCAGAGGGCCUCGGGUUUCAAAUCAGCCCGGUGUUCCAGAAAGAGCAGGGCCUUCUAGAGAGAGGCAUUUUUCAGAACGUGCAGGCACAUCUCAGAUGAAUGCUCCAGAAGCCACAGUGUCAGUGGCAUCUGAAGCACAUGUGGAGGAAAAGAAGGCUGAAAAACCUGCAGACAGAGAAUGUGAAGAAGAAGCUUCUGGAAAAGGUGCUUACGAAGGUGACUCCACUGAAAAAUGUGAAGAAGGCUGCCCCAACAAAGAGUCCAAACCAGGCUGCCCUGCUGGGGACACUGCAGAAGGCAGUCCCAGAAAAGAGCCUGAAGACAGUGGCUCCAAAAGAGAGCGGAGCAAGAAGAAACUGAAAAAAGAUAGUGAAGAAGAGAGCAGCCUUGAGAAAGAGUCUAAAGAAGAUAGCCCUGAAAAGCAUUCUGAAGACGAGGGUGACUCAAAGAAAGAAUCUGAAGACAACUCAGAAUCUGAAGAAACUCCCCCAGAAAAGCAGUGCGAUGAAGAGUCUGGAAAAGCAUGUGAAGCAAAUGGGCUUGAAAAAGAAGCUGACGAGGAUGACUCAGAGAAGGAGUUGGAAAAUAUUCUCAGGAAAGAAAUGGAAGACUUUGAAAAAUCCGAAUUUGAAGAUGAUGGCUCUGAAAAAGAAUCUGAGGAGGAGGAAGGUUCUGAGAGAGAGUCUGAAGAUUCAGACGAAAAGGAAGAGGAGGAGGAGGACACCGAUGAUAAAGUAUUCGAUGAAGAGUCAGAUGAGAAUGAGGAUGGAAGAAGCGGAAAGGAGCUUGAAGAUGCUGAUGAAAAGGAAGAAGAUGAAGCCGAGGAAAAACUAUUUGAAGAUUCAGAUGAAAAAGAAGAUGGUGAUGUAGUUGAAAAGCUGUUUGAAGAAGAAGAUUCCGACAAGUUGUUUGAGGAGGAUUCCUGUGACAAGUUGUUUGAGCCUUACGAGAGGGGGGCUCAGGGUGAUUUGGGGAAUCAUCAGGAAGAAGGGCCCCUGUCCACAGGCAGCAGCUUUGUCCUGAGUAGUGAUGAUGAUGAGGAGGAGGAGGAGAUUUAA